AUGGGCCAGCAGAAAAAGACAACUCAGGUCGUCGACUCGGGUGAUGUCGAACCUCCCCAUCGUUCAGGGCAAGCUAACACUGGUGCUGGAGGAGCGAUUUCUCAGUUAAGGUGGGUAGGCAAUGCUAUCGCGAGUCCAGUCAAAGUGCUUAAGCUGAAUGCACCAAAUGACAUCAUCCCUCCUGAUGAAAUUGAAAAUGUGAUGGCUCCAUCAAACUUGAAGAAUCGGAAGAGGAAGAAAGGAACUUGUCCGAGCAAGCCAACAGUCGCACUGGAGACCUCAGACCCAACUGCUGCAGGUCCCACACCUGUUCUGCAUGUCGCAGAACAUGGAAGGUUCGGAUUGCAAGACUAUCCACUUCCCUCAGCAUAUGUCAGUUCAAAGCCGUUGCAAACUGAUCAAAUAGCCCAGGGAUCAUGCAAUCCUCCUCAGCCUGAUUUGACAUCUCAUGUCCAGCCCCCUACUCAUCCUGUCAAGCCAUCUGCUCAUCCUGUCAAGCCAUCUGCUCGUCCUGUCAAGCUGUCUGCUCGUCCUGUCAAGCUAUCUGCUCGUCCUGUCAAGCCUUCUGCCCGUCCUGUCAAGCCUCCUGCUCGUCCUGUGGAGCCUCCUGCUCGUCCUGAGCUAUUGACAAUACAGCAAGCCCUUCCAGGCGGUUCUGCUUCAUCUGCCUGCAAAAGUGCCUUUGUGGAUAGAAGUGACGACGAAACUGAACAGACUCGAACGGACAGGGAAAUGGAUGUCAAGGAAGAUUUCGACAUGGAGAAAAAUCGGGAUGCAAGCUUCGAGGGAGAUUUUGAUGUGGAAGAGAAUUGGGACGCUAGCUUCAAAGAAGAUGAUGAUGAGGAAGACGCUAACAUUGAAGAAGACGACAUCGAUGCCACUAUUGAUGGUGAAGAGCACAAGGAUUUGGACGGGGACUUAUAUGGUACGGUAACGGCUCCCAUGGACCAUGACCCAUUGGAUCAUACCAACCGUCGCCUGGGACAAGCAGGACAAUACCCCAAUAUCGACUACGAUCUGCUUCAGUGUCACCAUUCAAAUAACCAUCGGCCACGUUCUCCACCACCUUCAUAUCUGAUUGGUGUUAGUGGGCAACGAAGUAAUCUGCAUCCAAAGUCUAAACACCCUUGCAAAAACAAUCCCUCACCAGCUGAUGAUGGUUCGGACCGCGAUGACUACAAUGUCGAAUUUGAGUGUGACUCUGGUGUUCAGAGUUGCAGCACCAAGAAGAACAAGAAUGCGAAGGGCACCGCCAACCCAACCACACUCGGAUUCUUCCCUCCUCUUUGGGUCAGACUGCUUGACUUUGCGAAGGCCAAUUUUAGACAACACCUCGCCAACGUGGCCCCAUUUCCCCAACGUGAAUCAGCCAUUGACGACGGCGGAGUAUGCGGUAAAAUAAUUGCGGAAGCCAUUGUGGAUUGGCAAGAGCAGAAGCACCAACUCAAGAAAGGCUACUACCCAAAAUUCAAAGCAGAGAUGGCUAUCGUGAUUCAAAAUGUUCUCGACAUUUAUUCUAGGCAUGGCCAAGCAAACACCAAGCAAACCAAUAUCACAGAUUCGGAGGUCAUCUACAAAAAGAUUGCUAGCCUGUUUAAACGCGUUCAAGAUGACGAGUAUCAUGGUCCGAAGCUACGCAAGAUGCUCCAGUCUUGGGUGCAGACUGGCAUGAACAAGGUCACUGCGAGUGAUGAAGAUGGCGGUGGCGGUUCUGAGUGGGAGGUUGAUCUUGAUUAA